UUAUCGGUGAUUUUUUCCUUAUGUACCUGAACACUUUCCACGCAGCGCCAUAGACACUCUUUCACCAGUCUUAAAGAAUAACCAAAAACGAAGUCAACCACAUACAAUGUGGCCGGACGCAGAUUCUAAAGAUGAGCUUGUAACCGUCAUACAAUCAGUCAAGCCUCCCACCGUCCCCGCGCAUCGCUCCCACGACCCCGCCAACAACCUCAAGCGCACUGAUCCCUACCAGUUCGGCUCCCGCUACCUCGAAGAAGGCGACGAUGUCUUCGAAUUCAACGCCUGGGACCAUGUCGAGCCGGACGACGAGUUCAAAGCCUUCGCCGAAGUCCAAUACGCCAAGCAGCGCGAAUCCCCCGUCUCAGACUUCGACAAGCAGCGCUUCAACAAGGACCCCGCGAAAUGGUGGAAUCUGUUCUACAAGAACAAUACGGCCAACUUCUUCAAAGAUCGCAAGUGGCUGCGCCAGGAGUUUCCCGUGCUCGCCGAGGUAACGCAGAAGGGGGCGGGCAGGAAGGUCGUACUUGAGGUUGGUGCCGGGGCGGGCAACACGGCGUUUCCGCUCAUCACCCAUAAUGAGAAUGAGGAGUUGAUGGUGCAUGCGUGUGAUUUUUCCAAGACGGCGGUUCAGGUUAUGCGUGAGAGCGAACACUACGAUCCCAAGUUUAUCUCGGCGGAUGUGUGGGAUGUGACUGCUGUGCCGGAUGAGGAGAAUAAUGGACUUCCUCCGGGGUUGACAGAGGGGUCGGUAGACGUGGUCAUUCUCAUCUUCAUUUUCUCCGCUCUAGCGCCCAGUCAAUGGGACCAGGCUAUUCGGAAUGUUUAUCGGGUAUUGAAACCGGGUGGUCUCGUUCUGUUCCGUGACUAUGGGCGCGGCGAUCUGGCUCAGGUGCGAUUCAAAAAAGGCCGGUACAUGGAUGAGAACUUUUAUGUCCGCGGCGACGGCACCAGGGUCUACUUUUUCGAGAAAGAACAGCUGGAGAAGAUGUGGGGGACAUGGACGCCAGAGAAGGGCCUGCAAAUGGCCGAGGACAACACGGUAGCGGCGGAGUCCACCGAGGGCGCAUUCGAUGUCGAGAAGAUGGGCGUCGAUCGCCGCUUGAUUGUCAAUCGCCAGCGGAAACUCAAGAUGUACCGCUGCUGGAUCCAGGCUCAUUACAGAAAGCGCAAGACACCUGCCGGUGUGGAAGCUGAGAAGACGGAUUCGUGAUUUCGAGUUCCCACCUUAUACCGUUGGAGGAAUCUUUCCUUCAUGCUAGACGCAAAAUCUGAGCCGUUGCUCGUGACACUGGCUGCAGGUCACCGCAUAUCCAACCGUCGUCAGUCUCACUUCCGCAAGCGCAGCUUCAGCCCACUGGUGUCGCUUGUCUUCAAUAAAGAUAGACCUCCUCUACCGCCGCUCUCACUGUAGACCUUGAACAACUUCGCUUAGUGGCGGGUCUUCGAGUGAUAGACCUGCGAUAUUAGGGUCCGGCAGUGAGGGCGGUCUCAUCAGAGAUAUAAUGAUGUUAUGACAUGAAGCAUAUAGACAGGGUAGAGUGCCUGCAUUUAUUUAAUGUCUUGUCAAGCUACUUGGCGCAAAUAGAUGUGUUCGACAUUUACUUAUUCUGUUCUCUUUGAAUUGCAUUCUCCUGAUGAGGAGCAUUAUGUAUAUCAAGGACUGAUGUACGUACUCAAUUAAAUGG